GCCUAUAAAAUACACUUAUCUCCAGCUACAUGUAUGCUUGGAUUUUUAUCUUCUGUGUGGUGAUUUGAAUGUUUGGGUUUUGGAGUAUUCAGGGGUCUUUUUUGUUUGCCAUGGAUCAAGGGUGGAAAAGGUUACCCUUGUUGGUAGUCUUUCUGUUUUUGAGUAGUGCUUAUGGAUUUAAAGGUGGAGCUUAUUCAAAUGCCCACCAGCGGUGGGGUCAACCUUCUGACAAUACUUUCUCACCUCAUGCAGUCCAGUCAUCUGUUUCAGAGGUCCCUGUGACUGGGACUUUGCCUGAAGAAGUGGGCUCAAGUUUAUUCACUAACAGACCCCUGAAAAGGUUUAACUUGCUCCAGUUUGUAAAAGGUCAUGAUUCCAGCCACCAUGAAUCGAUGUCCUAUGCCCAAACUGCUCCAAGCAGCUCAGUUUUUGCUUCCUUGCCUCUACCCUUAAGUGAAAAGCAAGCAGGCAGUUUGACAUUGCUCCAGGGCUCUGGAACAACCAUUACAGAUACUGCUAGUGUUUCUACACAAAGCACUUCUGGCCAGUCCACCAGCGAUCAGAGCUUCCCUAGUUUGUACAUGUCCAGCUCCCAGGAAACCUCUGGUGUUGAAUCUGCGGAAGCCGCUUUGCCUGUGUUCUCUCAGGAGAGUAUCUCCUACAGCAGUUCAUCUGCUCCAGGUGCCACUUACACUUCUCAAGGUAGCCCAGUGCCACUUUCAGAAGGCUCUAGUCAAGCCAUCUCACCUCAGGAUGAAAGCAGUUACAGUCGUUUGUUUCAGUCUCAAGGUGCCUCUAGUCACUAUACCCCAGACUCCUAUACCAAGCUCAGUUCUUCAUCUGUUUCUAGUCAGUCUACCAGUGAUCAGAGUCCCCCCAGUCUGUAUAGUUCUAGCUCUCAGGAUAGUUCUGGCAGUUUGUUGGAAGCUUCUGGCUCUUUCUUUCAAGGGGAAAUGGUAGGGCUUAGCUCGUCUGACUUGUCUCCUGAAUCUCAAACCUCUGGUCAGCUUCUGCCCUCAUCAUUGGAGGUCUCUAGCCAGUUUACUAAUGGUCAGGGCUCUCCCAGCUUGUUUAUAGGUAGCUCUAAAAGCAGUUCUGAUUCCCAGUCAACUGGUCCUGCUUCACUUCUAGAUACUCAGGGUAGCCUUUCUCAAAGCAUUUUGUCUACCCAGACUCAGGGCUCCACUUCUCAGGGCAGUGCUGGGCCUGAAUUGUCUGGAAGUUCUGGGCAAUUUAUCCCCACACAAGUAGAAGGUGGCAGUUAUAGUGUGUCCCAAUUGUUUAACUCUAGUCCGUAUGCCCCAGGAUCCCUGAUGUAUGGGAAGUUUGGCCCCUUGCCUAUAAGGGUUUCUAGCCAGUCCACAAGCACCCAAAGCAGUCCUGGCACUCCAUUAACUUCCAGUCGUUUCCCUGUGCAGGGAGGUAGUAGCUCUACUUCUAGCUUAUAUCUGAAGCCUCAGGGCACUCUGGGUCUGUAUGCCCCUGCGUCAUCUACCAAAUAUGUGAGUGUUCCCAUGCCACAACGUGCUGUUUAUAGCCAGGCAACAAGUGGCUCGGGGGCUCUGUUUGGGACCUCUAUUGGUUUAGCCUCACAAGGAAUGAGUAGCACUUACAGUGGUUCUGUACAGCCUCAAGGUACCACAAGUCAAUUUGCCCCUGGGUCUCCAUCCUUCUCUAGUUCACAGAAGCAGUUUACCUCUAGCUAUGGCACCCAGUCAAGGUCCUCUCUGCCACUCACCCUGCAGGGAAGUGCCACUUACGGUGGAUCACUCCAGGCUCAAGGUACCACAGGUCAGUUUGCCCCUGGGUCUCCAUCUCCAAGUGUAUCCCUAUCCUCACCCCAAGGUGCUGCCAGUCAGUCUGCCACAGUCCUGAGUUCGCAGAAGCAGUUUACCUCUAGCUCUGGCACCCAGUCAGGGUCCUCUCUGCCACUCACCCUGCAGGGAAGCACCACUUAUGGUGGAUCACUCCAGCCUCAAGGUACUGCAAGUCAGUUUGCCCCUGGGUCUCCAUCCUCCUAUCCAAGUGUAUCACUAUCCUCACCCCAAGGUGCUGCCAGUCAGUCUGCUGCAGUCCUGAGUUCACGGAAGCAGUUUACCUCUAGCUAUGGCACCCAGUCAGGGUCCUCUCUGCCACUUGCCCUGCAGGGAAGCCCCACUUAUGGUGGAUCACUCCAGCCUCAAGGUACUGCAAGUCAGCUUGCCCCUGGGUCUCCAUCCUCCUAUCCAAGUGUAUCACUAUCCUCACCCCAAGGUGCUGCCAGCCAGUCUGCCACAGUCCUGAGUUCACGGAAGCAGUUUACCUCUAGCUAUGGCACCCAGACUGGGUCCUCUCUGCCACUCACCCUGCAGGGAGGUGCUGCUUAUGGUGGAUCACUCCAGCCUCAAGGUACCGCAAGUCAGUUUGCCCCUGGGUCUCCAUCCUCCUAUCCAAGUGUACCACUAUCCUCACCCCAAGGUGCUGCCAGCCAGUCUGCCACAGUCCUGAGUUCACGGAAGCAGUUUACCUCUAGCUAUGGCACCCAGUCAGGGUCCUCUCUGCCACUUGCCCUGCAGGGAAGCCCCACUUAUGGUGGAUCACUCCAGCCUCAAGGUACUGCAAGUCAGUUUGUCCCUGGGUCUCCAUCUUCAGGUGUAUCACUAUCGUCAGCCCAAGGUGCUGCUAGUCAGCCUGCCACAGUCCCGAGUUCGCGGAAGCAGUUUACCUCUAGCUAUGGCACCCAGACUGGGUCCUCUCUGCCACUCACCCUGCAGGGAGGUGCUGCUUAUGGUGGAUCACUCCAGCCUCAAGGUACCACAAGUCAGUUUGCCCCUGGGUCUCCAUCCUCUUUUCAAAGUGUAUCAUUGUCCUCACCCCAAGGUGCUGCCAGUCAGUCUGCCGCAGUCCUGAGUUCACGGAAGCAGUUUACCUCUAGCUAUGGCACCCAGUCAGGGUCCUCUCUGCCACUUGCCCUGCAGGGAAGCCCCACUUAUGGUGGAUCACUCCAGCCUCAAGGUACUGCAAGUCAGUUUGCCCCUGGGUCUCCAUCCUCCUAUCCAAGUGUAUCACUAUCCUCACCCCAAGGUGCUGCCAGCCAGUCUGCCACAGUCCUGAGUUCACGGAAGCAGUUUACCUCUAGCUAUGGCACCCAGACUGGGUCCUCUCUGCCACUUGCCCUGCAGGGAAGCCCCACUUAUGGUGGAUCACUCCAGCCUCAAGGUACUGCAAGUCAGCUUGCCCCUGGGUCUCCAUCCUCCUAUCCAAGUGUAUCACUAUCCUCACCCCAAGGUGCUGCCAGCCAGUCUGCCACAGUCCUGAGUUCACGGAAGCAGUUUACCUCUAGCUAUGGCACCCAGACUGGGUCCUCUCUGCCACUCACCCUGCAGGGAGGUGCUGCUUAUGGUGGAUCACUCCAGCCUCAAGGUACUGCAAGUCAGUUUGCCCCUGGGUCUCCAUCUCCAAGUGUAUCCCUAUCCUCACCCCAAGGUGCUGCCAGCCAGUCUGCCACAGUCCUGAGUUCACGGAAGCAGUUUACCUCUAGCUAUGGCACCCAGACUGGGUCCUCUCUGCCACUCACCCUGCAGGGAGGUGCUGCUUAUGGUGGAUCACUCCAGCCUCAAGGUACCACAGGUCAGUUUGCCCCUGGGUCUCCAUCUCCAAGUGUAUCCCUAUCCUCACCCCAAGGUGCUGCCAGCCAGUCUGCCACAGUCCUGAGUUCACGGAAGCAGUUUACCUCUAGCUAUGGCACCCAGUCAGGGUCCUCUCUGCCACUUGCCCUGCAGGGAAGCCCCACUUAUGGUGGAUCACUCCAGCCUCAAGGUACCACAAGUCAGUUUGCCCCUGGGUCUCCAUCCUCUUUUCAAAGUGUAUCAUUGUCCUCACCCCAAGGUGUUGCCAGCCAGCCCAGCCAAGCAUUUCAAAGCUAUUCUGUGUCCCAAAGCCAGAAGUCUCAAAGAUGGCAGCCUUCACAAGGUAUUCAGACCUCAGGUGCAGCUGUAUCACAGGGAAUUGAUCUAUCUCAAAGCUCUCCAAUGCAGAGUAGGUUCUCUUCCCUGUCAUCUGCAGGAGGCCCAUCUUCAAAAGAUUCUGGACUGUAUGUUUCUGCACAGGGUGGUGGCACCAGUUAUGGUGGCUUUUCUCUCAAUUCUCAAAGCCCUUUGAAGUACAACCCUGGGUCCCAUGCAUAUGCCAAGUUUGGUUCCUCACCCCUAGCUGUUUCUAGCCAGUCUACCAGUGAUCAGCACUCAAAUGGCUUGUAUAGCUCAGGCUCUCUGCAAACCCAGGGUCUCCUUGGUGUAGUUGAAGGACCCUCAUCUCAAGCUCCUUUUGACUCCCCAAGCAGUAACCAAAUUGAGCGUUUUGUGAUGUUGCAACGGCCCACAGGUUCCAACCUAGCUCCAUCUCUAGGCCUGAGUGCCCAAGCAUCUUCUGUUAGCAUGCUCUCUGGUGUUCCGCAAACUGCGCAGGCUCUACGUGAAUCUGGGUCAGAUGUCCAGUUAAACAACCAAGUGAGCAGCAAUUCACAGGCCAAUGCAUAUACUUCCUUGCAAAAGUUCUCCAGCAACUAUGGUGCACAGAGUCUUAAGCCUUCAGAGCUCUUGCGUUAUGAGCCAGGUGUUUAUGGCCAAGGAACAUCCAGUGCUUCUGAGCUCUUGAGUAGCUAUGGUUCCACGUACAACCUGAAUGCUCCUGCUUCUAUACCAUCCCGCAGUUCUCUCUCAAGCCGCUACUACUCUGUCAAGGGCUAAGGGGCUCUAGAAACCUGCUACAAUGUGAAGUGUUGUCUUCUAGAAUUUAAAAAUAAAUGUUUGAAACAAA